UCAUAGAACAUAGAACAAAGUGUGUGCAACAACAUUACAUCUCCACUAUCUUUUCACAGCAAAUCAGAAUGAAGAAACAAUGUAUUGUCUGGGGUAAUAUUAUGCUGAUUAAACCGAUACAAAAUAUCCCAUUGUUCAAGCCCUCUUUCAACCGGAAAUCCCACACCUUCAAUUGGACUGACACUCAGCAACAUCCAAUGAGAAGUGUCAUAGAUACUUGAAUGAUGCGUGAUGUGGCCAAUAGGCGCAGGGAUAAAGCCGCUUUAGCGGCAGUAGAUGUAGAGCUGAUUUGCAACCCGCCGAAGGAGAUCUGGAGAAGAAGGAAAAUGUCUCCUGUCUCACCACGCACCGUUCUAGGAUCAGCUUGCUGUUAGGAAAAAGCAAAGAGCAAAGUGGUGAGUCGGAAAAUCCUCACUACUUGCACUACAAUGAAGUUUCCCGUGUGUAUUAAGAAUGGUCCACCACCCAAAGGACAUCCAGCCAACUUGACACAACUGUAAGAAGCAUUGGAGUCAAUAUGGGCCAGCAUCCCUGAGGAACGUUUUCGUUCAGACUUUACCCUAAACUGACCUUAGCAGUGUGUAAGCACAAAGUCAUCCUACUCCUGACGCUGAGACAAAUACAGAAAAGUUUGGGAGAAACUCUUCGCACUCCAAACAGUCACCCAGGAAGUAAAGAGGAAAUUACAUCCGAGCAGAUGGAACCAAAUCCCAGCCUGGCGGGGGUGGACUCCCAAGGCAACAUGGUGUUUAGAGUGGCUAAGCCUGUCAUGGGCAUCUUCCAAGUCUCCUCCGAACAGACCAACUCUGUGGGACAGGGGGCUUAUCAGCAGACUAUGGUCGAGGGGCUGACAGGGUUACAAGGGUUAUCCAACCACCCCUCCAUGGUGCUGGGGGAUGGACAGGGGCAGCAGGGAAUGGGGGACGUGAACCAGAUGCAAACCCAGAUUCAGAUCCCGGCAGGCGACACCACCCAGACUCAGGCUGGUGCUCCACACCACAACCAUGUACCCCAUGUUCCGUUUGCUGAGGUGUCGUCUCUCCUGGACCCCAACAUGAAGAGCUCCAAGGCCCGUAAGUACCUGAUACCCUAUGACGAGAUCAAGCGUCGUCUGGAGGCUCCAGAGAAGAUGUCUCUGCGUUCGCUAGCAGCCUACACCAGGGUCAGCCGCGGCCCGGCCAGCAAGAAAACGCUUCAGGAGUCUCUAAAUAUACUGGGCCUCACUCCUAGUACUACUACUGCUGUAUCCUCCUCCUUCUCCAAGCUCACAGAGGGUGACACCAAAGCCCUGUGUAACGACAUGAAGGACUUUGCCCAUGACUACAUGGACUUUGGAAACAUGGCCAAGCAGCUUAUACCAGAGACUAACACAGUUCAACACUGGUCAAAGGUCAUAGAAACCAGGAGCCACCUGGAGGCGAUGAGGAAGUGUUUCCGUGACCCGGUCAACAGUGCGUUGUUCGACAACGUGACUCACGGCCUGGGCCUCGGGAUGCUCGACACCGCCCUAGACAUGAUCACCAUGGUGAUUGACAAACAGAUUCGCAUCCUGUCCGGCGCAGCUGCAACCGAUCCCGUCGACACCGGUCCUCCAAUGAGACGCAUCCGCCGCCGCCACCGCAAGCCCCGAGAUGACGGCAACGACAAACCGCUCAGGUCAGUGGGCGGGGUUAAAGGUCAAGGGAAAGGAUCGGGGAAGGGCAAAGGGAGGGGCCGAGGCAGGAAGAAGGCGCAGCUGCAGGAGUCCGGAACCCCGGUUGGUGUUGCCAUGGAUACAACCCAGCGGCAGAAUCAAGAGCAUCAUCAGCCAGAGGACGUGGAGAGCAGUGUUCUAACACUUGUCUCCGUCGGUUACGAGACCAUAUCCAGUGGCCUCAACGCCACGGUACAGCUCUGAAGAUGUUUAAUUGUUGAACAAACAAUGCUUAACAGGAGUCAGACUUCGCUGAACAUUUCCCCAAUGGGGUGGCUGGGAGCAGAACAGUCUUAGUAACGUUGUGAUGUGUAGACGUCACUCAGGUCUGGGCUAUGGAACCCCAAACAUUCAGAGGAAGACAUGUAGAGGACACCGGGGGACGUUCAGGGACGUCACAUCAUUUUGGUUUAGUAUUUUAGUUUAGUUUUUGUGCUGCAGCUGUUGCCUACUGAUACACUCAAUCAAUGUAUAUGUUUAUUUGUUAAGCACAGAGGUGAUGAUUGCAGCUUUGUUAAAGUGGAAAUCAAUUCAAAUGACAGAGAAGCGUUGAUGUUGAAAAAUCUACAAUGUAGAAAUGAGUCUCAAUUCGGGUCUUUGGAUAAGGCUGUUGCUUUGGUUGACCUACUCAUCUGGCAUUGGAUAGCCCAGUUGAUUUUGAUCAUGAGUAGACCUCUUAUAGCUCUCUCCACCUCUCCAUUACUGUAACAUGGGGAACACAUUAUGCCAGUACUUAGUCAAUGAUUGUAUGUUUAUAUUGAAACCUGGAGUGCUGAAAUACUUGUAUUAAAGCUUUAAUUUUCUUAA